AUAUCGUUUGUGGGACCAAUUUUUUCGCAGCUCUACGAUUCGAAUCAAUCACAAAUCAAACGCGCAGUAAGAAAUCAACAAGUGAUCAACAUGUCGAGCGAAGGAACAAAGACUUUCACGCGGGCCGAGGUCGCCAAGCACAACACGAACAAGGACACCUGGCUGCUGAUCCACAACAACAUCUACGACGUCACCGCCUUCCUGAACGAGCAUCCCGGUGGUGAGGAGGUGCUCAUCGAGCAGGCCGGCAAGGAUGCCACAGAAAACUUCGAGGACGUUGGCCACAGCAACGAUGCCCGCGACAUGAUGAAGAAGUACAAAGUGGGAGAGCUGGUGGAGAGCGAAAGGACCAGCGUGGCCCAGAAGUCGGAGCCCACCUGGAGCACGGAGCAGCAGAACGAGGAGAGCUCGGUGAAGUCGUGGCUAGUGCCCCUGGUGCUCUGCUUGGUGGCCACGCUCUUCUACAAGUUCUUCUUCGGCGGCGCUAAACAGUAGUACACCCACAAUGCCCAGCAGAGACUUUCCAACCUGCUCCGAAGGCACUUAGUUAAUAUACAAAGCUCAAAAGUCACAGGAUCCAAAGGUGAAGCUGGGCCGGCGGAGCAGGAGCGAUUUUAAUAGUAAAUUUGUGCUAAGUUUUAAAGUUAAUUUUGGCAUUUGGCAUUUUGUACACCCCUUUACACAUGUAAUUCCUUCAGCCAGCGGGUCUAGAGUUAUGGUAUGAUAUUCCAACAUUUGAGGCACGAAACGGCGACAGAACGUUUUUAUUCACAUGUAUGUACAUUAAACAUAUUUCCAAAAGAAAAGAAA